AUGCCCGUCCGGUCAGCAUCGCCGCUCCGUGCAGGCGGAUGGAUGGUUCCAUCGGGGGAAAAAUUGACGCCGCCACAAUUCAUAAGGGCCGGCGUAUUUAUGUAUCGUCACAUUCAUCGUGGAGGCAACGGUGGCCCCUUCCUAUUUCCUUGCACAGCUGGCAGCACAGUUGCUACACGUGUGCACCCCAUUGGCCACAUGGCACACAGCACCCAGCUCACCAUCUCUGCCAUGCAUGCGCACAUCAAAGCCACUGAAAGUAUAAUUCUCACACUGAGCCUCGGCACUGGCAGCGGAACAAUUCUUCCACGUCCACUCACACACGCACGCGAUAGCUCAGGCUGCCGUCACUCGGAGCACACGACACAUCCACCGGCACAACCACCGCGUCCGCAUCACCAGAUACAUGUCCAGGACUCCCAGCAGCCGUCACGCACACGGAGCGAGCACCGUCACCAUCGUCACCAUCGCAGUCACCGUCACCCGUAG